AUGUCAGAGACAACCAUGGAAGCAUCAUGGCCCAUCGGCCAGUCAUACCUCGAGAGGCUACCUACAGAGAUCGUAGAAAAAAUAUGCAAAGCUCUCGAACCCCAGCCAACCGAGAAGUACCUUCAGAGAACCCACACCGAGAUUCCUUUUGACCGGAGCCAACCUGUUGAGGUCUUUUACCCAUCAGAUCCCAUCGACUCGCAGUCGUACCUGGAAUCCCGCCAAGCAUUAUACAAUCUAUCCCUGGUGUCCAAAGCACGCAUAUCUCCAGUGGCGCGCAAGCAGCUCCUCCGAAAGAUUUUGAUCAACGAUCCAGAAUGCCUUCUCGACUUAGCCAAAUGCUUGGCCCUAUAUCCCGAAACCCGCCCGCAUGUCAAGUGGCUGGGAAUCGACUCUCAAUUUGUCUCCCGGUGCCAGUUUCUCGCUGAAGGGGAAGGAUUAAACGCAUGCAUGUGCGAUGGCGAAUCCUGUGGGGAGCGUGAGCUUUACCAUAGAAUAUGGGACACGGAAAGACUAGGGCUGGAAGAACCGUUCAUGUGGACCUUUGAGGAAGUCCUGAAAGUGCCAGACAUGAAGUGUUUUCCUGAUAUGGGCCAACUGUUGCAUUUGGUAAGGCUCAUGCAAUAUUCGGAAGGGAAUCUGUGGUACUUCAUGGACGACCGAGUUUUUGAACAGAUAUGCAAUAUUGCUCUCAAGAUUGCUAUCUUCUUUUCUCCGAACUUACAGACACUUCGGCUCACAGCACGUGGAACUGAAUCCCCGUCAUUUCUUUUCCGUUACGCAAUGGGACUCAUCCCCGUCGCAAGCGAGAAUCUAGGGACUUAUACCGUGGAGUACAAACAAGACGUGGCCAAGUUCCUAACGACACUUGAUAUGGACGUAUCUUCAAUGAGACAUUUCUCCACCAAUCGAACAGCGAGCAAUAUACCUCCCUGUCCUGCAACCCUCGAAGAGUUGACACUGGUCGAUGAUGGCCCGACCUAUCUCCCAGACGAUAAUCUCCCAGACGAUGUGCGCUGUCGAGGAAUUGAGCCACAUCAACUCUACACAUGGCUCAAGCCUACCAAGCGUCUUCGGAAACUCCGACUCUACAGCGGACUAGACGUCGAUGGGCUGACCAUGACACUCCGAAUGGGCCCGGGAAUAAGCCCGUACAGCCUCAAUCACAACAUCAACACUAUUCUGCUCACGCACCGAGAGACAUUGCAGCACUUUGAAUGGUAUCAAAUGAUGGUUCCCUUGAAAACCGACGAGGCAGCCUGGAUCAAGAUGUUCGGGCAAGGACAGAAACUGUCGUGUCUUCCGCACCUGAAGGAGUUGAGAUAUUUGAAGCUGUCAGACAUGUUCGUCUACACUCGCCAGCAAUACCGUGAUCGAUACCCACGCGCCAGAGCGGCCGUGUAUCCGGCUGUGCGGGAUCUCAGAAAUUACCGGGCGGUACUCGCACAUAAUUUGUCUGAACUGGGAGCACCGCCGAAGGCGCGUUCGGUUUAUGUGGGAGGACAUUUACCGACUGAUCGGUAUAUGAGGAUCGAUCUUUGA